UACACUCAUUCGUGUAUAAAAGUAGGAAAAUCAAAGUCCAUUACUUCUGCCCUGCUCUUGGAUUCUCAGAUAAGCUUUUUCUGCUGCAUAGUUGUUGCUCAAAAUGGUUGAUGCAAAGUGUACAAUAGCUAAAGAUGUUACUGAACUAAUUGGUAAAACACCACUUGUAUAUCUCAACCGUGUUGUCGAUGGGUGUGUGGCCCGGGUUGCUGCCAAGUUGGAGGGGAUGGAGCCUUGCUCCAGUGUCAAAGAUAGGAUUGGAUAUAGCAUGAUUUCAGAUGCAGAGAAAAAUGGUCUUAUCACUCCGGGGGAGAGUGUCUUGAUCGAACCUACCAGUGGUAAUACUGGUAUAGGCUUAGCCUUCAUUGCUGCUGCCAAGGGUUACAGGCUUAUAAUAACCAUGCCUGCAUCAAUGAGUCUUGAAAGAAGAACCAUUCUUCGAGCUUUUGGUGCUGAACUGGUUCUCACAGAUCCAGCUCGAGGGAUGAAAGGAGCAGUUCAGAAGGCCGAAGAGAUAAGAGACAAAACACCUAAUUCUUACAUCCUUCAGCAAUUUGAAAACCCUGCUAACCCGAAGAUCCACUAUGAGACCACCGGUCCGGAGAUCUGGAGUGGCUCAGGUGGGAAGGUUGACGCAUUUGUCUCUGGUAUAGGGACUGGAGGUACCAUGACAGGUACAGGGAAGUACCUCAAAGAACAAAAUCCCGACAUUAAGUUAUAUGGUGUAGAACCUGUUGAAAGUGCAAUUCUAUCCGGAGGAAAGCCUGGGCCACAUAAAAUCCAAGGAAUAGGAGCUGGCUUCAUCCCUGGAGUUUUGGAUGUCAAUUUGAUCGAUGAAGUUGUUCAAGUAUCAAGUGAAGAAGCUAUUGAAACUGCAAAGCUGCUUGCAUUGAAAGAAGGUCUUCUGGUUGGUAUAUCAUCUGGUGCCGCUGCCGCUGCAGCAAUUAAGGUUGCAAAGAGACCAGAAAAUGCUGGAAAGCUUAUUGUUGUGGUGUUCCCGAGCUUCGGAGAACGAUACCUCUCGACCGUGCUGUUCGAGUCUGUGAAACGAGAGACCGAGAAUAUGGUUUUCGAGCCAUGAGAGGUUUCGAUAAUAUUUCUCGACUUCAAAUGGAGCGAGCCAGUUGACAUUCCCUGCAGAUAUCCCAUUAGCAAGGCCAAAAAAGUGAAGUUCAGACUGCUAUGUUUAGCUUUGGAUGCUUUAAUUUGAGAACUUGUUUUCUGAUUGACUUCUUUCUGUAUGGUUUGCUCAGUUUUAGUGUAAGAACACAGAUGCAACUGAGAAUAAGGACCGUUGAAUAAUGCUUUGAAUGAGUAAUUUGUUUAUGAAUAA